AUGGCACCUUCCGCGACUGAAAAGGCACAAGCCAAGUUCUUUGCCAUCCUGGAAGAUCCCCGACGUUAUGACUCUUCAAACUCUAAGAACAGGGUCAUGAUAACGCGAACACCGUCCAGUGGUUCCGAUUUGACCAACAACAUGACUGGUCGUCGUGGUAGCGCCAGCAGUCAAGGCUCUGCCACUGACCAACAUCAUCUUCGAAAUAGACUCAAGACCUGGCUCUAUCCCGGAGCGGUUUGA